AUGCACACCUGUGACCCCGGAACCUCAAAGUUGGUCAGUAAUCUCACGCGGAUAGCUGCCAAGCGAAAGCGAUGUUCCGACAACCACGAAAUUGAGUUUUUCAUACCCGGUCCCGCCCACAUUGCAAAAAUGGAAUUUUGUCGCCUCCCUUCUAUAUAUUUUAUUCCUUUCACCAAUAAAAAAGCAAUUGCAAGAGUAAUAUUGCAAAAAAGAAGCGUCCCCGGGAAGGCUCGAACUUCCAACCUCCUGAUUAACAGUCAGACGCGCUAA